UUUCCUUUUUUUCCUUUUUUUUUCUUUGUUUGGUGAUGGGCUCGGUUACUUCUGCCCUAACGAGAACUAGAAACGCGUUGGUGAAAGUGGGUUCAGAGCCGGAGAGUCAUGAGCCGGAGAGGAGUCAGUCCGCACCUGAAACGGACCGGGCCAGGAAGAAGAGCGCACGGUUCAACGUGUCGAGCCAAACCGGACGGCAGAGUUCCCGUCAGUCGCUGUCCGAGGUGCUGAGCAAGCAGGACUCCGACGGAGCCAAACAAACGUCGAGGAAAAAGACUCCUGAAUCAUCUAGUGUGGCAAAUGAAGAUGGUGAAAGCUCCAACAAACCUCUUGGCAGUUUUGCACGCUCAAAGUCCCAGAGUGCUUUGUGGAAUGCUAUCACGGCAGGGAUGGGGAUCAAAGGCAAAGAGCAGAAGCCCCCCCUGAAUGACCCUCGAAGUCCUGAAGAGAUUCUGGCUGAUGAUCUUCCAGCGACAGAUGAGCCAGAUGCCACAGAGAAAACUGCAAUCAGAUUAAGAUGUCUGGUGAAACAACUAGAGAGAGGAGAAGCUUCCCUAGCUGACCUCAAGAAAAACCUUGAGUAUGCGGCGUCGGUGCUGGAAUCCGUUUACAUCGAGGAGACAAGGCGUUUGGUGGACACAGAGGAUGAGCUUAGCGACAUCCAGUCAGAGUCGGUACCCUCAGAGGUGCGGGACUGGCUGGCCUCCACCUUCACCCGCCAGAUGGGCCUGAUGUUGCGACGCAAUGAGGAGAAACCUCGCUUCCGCAGCAUCGUUCACGCCGUCCAGGCUGGAAUAUUUGUUGAGAGGAUGUACCGACGUACCUCCAAUAUGGUGGGACUCAGCUACCCCCCUUCUGUCAUAUCUGUGCUUAAGAAUGUUGACAAGUGGUCGUUUGAUGUGUUCGCUCUAAAUGAGGCCAGCGGAGAACACGCACUUAAAUUCAUAUUCUACGAGUUGCUCACGAGAUACGACCUCAUCAGCCGUUUCAAGAUCCCAAUCUCUGCAGUGGUAUCGUUUGUGGAGGCUCUAGAAGUGGGAUACAGCAAACAUAAAAACCCCUACCACAACCUGAUGCACGCUGCUGAUGUCACACAGACUGUACACUACUUGCUACUCAAGACUGGCAUGGUGCAUUGGCUGACUGAGCUGGAGAUCUUUGCCAUGAUCUUUGCAGCGGCGGUGCACGACUACGAGCACACAGGGACCACAAACAACUUCCACAUUCAGACAAGGUCAGAUACAGCCAUCCUGUAUAAUGACCGCUCCGUGUUAGAGAGUCACCAUGUCAGCGCAGCCUACCGCCUACUGCAGGACGACGAUGAGAUGAACAUCCUCUACAACCUCUCCAAGGAUGACUGGAGAGAGUUGCGGGCUCUCGUGGUGGAGAUGGUGCUGGCCACAGAUAUGUCCUGCCAUUUCCAGCAGGUGAAGGCCAUGAAGAACUUCCUGCAACAGCCUGAAGGCAUUGACAAGCCCAAAGCCCUCUCCCUACUGCUGCACACAGCAGACAUCAGCCACCCGGCCAAAAACUGGGACCUCCACCACCGCUGGACCACCUCUCUGCUAGAGGAGUUCUUCAGACAGGGGGACAAAGAAGCAGAGCUCGGGCUGCCGUUUUCCCCACUCUGCGACAGAAAAUCCACGUUGGUGGCACAGUCCCAGAUCGGGUUCAUAGACUUCAUUGUGGUGCCCACCUUCACUGUGCUGACAGACAUGAUGGAACGCAUCGUCACGCCACUCAUUGACGAGGCCUCCCAUUCAGGUUUUGCAGGCUUUCGACGCUCAAGCCUGAACAGUAUUAGCUCAGAUGAAGCCAAGAGGCACAGUGUGAAGAGCAUGGGCUCCGACAGCAGCUCGUCAGGCCCGAGCUCUCUGCUGAUGGUCGACAUGAAGAACUUUAAGGCAUUGUGGAAUGAGGAAGUCUAUCAGAACAGAGAGAGGUGGAAAGCUCAAGCUGAUAAAGAGGCGGAGGAGAGAGCUAAAAGGGAAGCGGAGGAGCAAGCGCAGCAGGAGGAGGCCAUGGAGCCCCAAGAGGUCCACUCAGAAUCAGAGCAACCUGAACCAAACGAGGACAAAUUGCAGGGUGAGGAGGCAGAGUCAGUGGAGGUCAGCAGACCACCAGAUGGUAACACAGGGGCAACAGAGCAGGGAGCGCAGAAGAAUCCACCGCUGCAGAACGGAGAGUUGUCUGAAGGGGCUGAAUCUCCAGAAGGUACAGGAAACAAAAACGCAGGAGUUGAUGGUGAGUUUGCUCUGUACAGCCCACCACGACUGACAGAAAAUUAA